AGCUAGCUACCUGGUAGUUGGUGCCGCAUCCAUGGCGAGCUGGGUAGAAGUUAGCACCUGAGGGCACCCCUCCCCGUGAUGCACGAACUCCCUCAAUCCUCCACCUCAACGAGCUCAAGAUCUUGCAAUCCACGAAUGCUUCCUGGGAGCCGCGAGGACUUCACGAAUGCAUCCACUGACCUCCAACAAAAAAUCUUCUCCAGUGAGUCCCACCGUACCGGUACAGGACGGGAAUUCCGAAGGAUAGAUUCUCGGCUCACAAAACAGAAGACAGCACAACAAAAAGCCAAGCAACCAACAAAGAAAGAUGAAGGCCAUUCAAGUACACGAAUUUGUGGAGGACUUUGAAAUUCUCCAAGGCAAUGACUCUCUCAUGUCCAUGAAUAACAACGUGGACAAGCCAGUCCCCAAGAAGGGAGAAAUCUUGGUCCAGGUCCAAGCCUGCAGCCUUUCACCUGGAGACAUAAUUAUGGUCCACGGCAAUCUCAUCUUUCUUCACGAGGCCCGCCCCUUUGUUCCUGGCAUGGACAUUAGCGGAGUUGUAGUGGACAACAAUGGAUCAAAACUGUUCCAGGAGGGAGACGGCGUGGUCGCCUCCAAUGGAGUUUCCCCCGUGGGCGGCAUGGCCGAAUACAUGGUAGUCAACGAAAAUGAAGUGGUUCUGAAACCAUCCAAAGUUUCCGUCCAAGAAGGUGCUGCUAGUUCCAGUGCAAUUACCGCACGAAAUGCUGUCAUGGAUAAUGUCAAGGAGGGAGACCGUGUCCUCAUUCUGGGUGGAAGUGGUGGCGUAGGUUCAGCGGCCAUUCAAAUUGCCAAGACCCAUGCCAAAGCCUCCUUUGUGGCUACCACAUCAACACAGACCAACCUUUGCAAAACACUGGGAGCUGAUCAAGUCGUCAAUUACCGUGAAGAGAAUUGGUGGGAAAUGGAUUGGCAAGGCGGCCAAAAGUUUGAUGUUAUUAUCGAUACUGUGGGCGGGGGCAAUUUCUAUGGCCGUGCCCCAUUUGUUCUGAAAACAGGAAAACAAGGAGGAAAGUUUGUGGCUGUGACAGGCGAUGAUACCAGGCCAGAUUGCCGAACUGUUUGGAAAGGAAUCAAAUUCAUUGCCAGCAUGCCGUGGCGACCUCUGUACACAAGCCUCAGGGCUCGAACUUAUCCCAAGUACAUUUUGAUUAUGCCGUAUGAUAUUCUGCAAGGUCGCAAGCAAGUGUUGGAGUGGAUGCAGGAAGGAUCAUUGAAGGUGCCCAUCGACGAGGAGUCUCCAUUGCCCUUCACUGCCGAUGGUGUACGUGCUGCUUUCACCAAAGUCGCCAGUGGACAUGCGCAUGGAAAAGUUGUGGUCACCAUGUCAACAUCAAACUAGUUGCAACAAAAGGAAGCGGAUGUGGAGUUUGGAGAUUUAAUUUGAAAGUAAAAUGAAUAAGUACAUAAGGUUAUGCAG